AGGAAAAUAAUUGACAAAUAAACGAAAGAAAAUACAAUAAAAAAGCAUUGCAUUAUUGAGAGUGCUUAAAGUUUGAUAUCAAUAAUUUUGAUGUAUAUUGAAUGAUAUAUUUCUCGUUUUAUGUGGCAUCAAUUGCGCACACAUUAAAAACAGAUUCUUCUUUAGAAUAGAAAUAGAGAAAUAGAAAACAGUGUGUGUAUGUGUGCUGCGCUUGAAUGUGUUAGGUUGUGAAGUAUAUGAAAAAAAGAAUAUUAGAAGAAAAGUCAAAUGGCGGAUAUUAUAAACAUUGGAAUGAUCUCCGUAACAGUUCGUAACCAGGCGUCAUAAGCAUAUGCCUGAAGAAAUCUAUCAUUCAAGGAUGCCAGUACCCAGAAUUAAUGAAAAAAAUGUGGAUAAUGAUUGAGUGAUAAUUUUUGUUUUUGUAAUAACAAAAAAAGCAACAAAUCGCCAACGGCGAUCGGACUAAAUUAUGUUCGGACUUACAAUGUCACAAUGCAAUGAUGAUGAGUUGCAAAUGCAACGGAAGUACAAACAGCGACAACAGCAGUUGUUCCAGUCUUACAAACACUGUAAGCGACGAAGGAAGAACCGUUCAACGACUUCGUUAUCCCGUAGUAUCACACUUCGGCCGAUUAUGUGGUCACUAGGUCAAAGAUGCUGUUCGUACGAAGAUUGUACACAAUCAACGAUAGGUUUAAAACGACCUCAGGUCUAUUGGUGGAUGUGGCUGUGUAGGUGUCAACAAUUCCCUCUACUCGUGCUGGCAUUAGUUAUGGUCAUGACAUGCUUUCCAGCUACCUUUAAACUUUCAGAGGCAGCUGCCGUUGCCGACAGCAGUACAAGCAUUGGCGAGCCACUAAUGAAAUCAUAUCGCAGUAUAUCGACUUUGAGUGCUGUUCCAAAUCCUUCCUUGGCAUCGUCAUCGGAAUCAUUUUCACCCAAGCAACAGCGUGAAUUGCAACAACAACAGUUGUUUUCUCUGCUGAAGCUGGACAAUAUAUCGAAAUCGGGUUUUAUGGCAGAACCUGAGUCGUCAGUGCCCAACAAACACUUUGAUGCUACCGACCUUCGUCAUCGGAACGGCGGAAAUGUUAAUCACCACAGUGGCGAAGAAAACGGGAAUGAGUCCGAAUUUUUGACUCUGAAACGUUCGGCUGCCACACUCUUGGAAACUACUGGCUAUGUUUCCGACGAUGGUCAACAAUAUGAGAAGGUGGGGAGGGCUCUUGCUGCAGCAGCAGUCGCAAAUGCUCCUAAUGUCCAGCAGUCGCCUAUUGCCAACAACAAUGUAGACUGCCCCAAAGAAUGCAAGUGUCUGAAUGACUACUUUGACUGUGGAAAAAAACAUUUAGACCGUAUUCCGACGUUGCCAAACUACGUCCAAGUCAUCGACCUGCUGGGCAAUAAACUGAACGAUACAUCGGUUUUGCAAAUACGCAACUUACCAGACUUGAAUAAACUAGUUCUAAAGCGCAACCAAUUGGAAACGAUGCCAGUAUUUGUGGGCCUCACCUCACUAAAGCAGCUAAGUUUGGCCCAUAAUCGUAUACAAAGGAUCUCUUCUGAGUCGCUUGCUGCUUUGCCGAAGCUGAAAUCUCUGGAUUUGUCGAAGAACUACCUGCAUGCCAUCGAGUCGGAUUACUUUCCAAGCCCAAACCGUCUGCUUCACUUAAUACUUAAUGGCAAUGAAAUUUCCAGCAUAGGAGAGAAUGCAUUUGAGAAUCUUUCAAAUCUGCAGGAUAUUGAACUAAAUAACAAUCACUUGACUACGCUGCCCGGUGGUGUAUUUAAAAGUAUGGGUAAAUUGCGCAAACUAUCUUUGAACAAUAAUCAGUUGGAAAUCAAUUGGUCAACUUUCCGAGGACUGACGUCGUUACAAAAGCUUUUUCUGAAAUCAAACAAUAUUCGAAUACUUCAGGAUGGUGUAUUCCAUGUUAUGCAAUCGAUAGAAACUAUUGAGCUGGAUCACAAUGGCAUAAGCUCUUUAAGUCGCCAGGGCUUGUUCAAUUUGACGAAACUGCGUCACUUGAGUCUGUCAAACAAUUCCAUAUCUCGUAUCGAAGUGGACACCUGGGAGUUCACUCAAUCACUAAUGAGUCUGGAUUUGUCCUAUAAUAAUAUAAGCGAGUUCAAGCCGCAGCACUUGGAGUGUCUGCAACGUCUAAAAUAUUUGAAUUUGGCUCAUAACAAAAUACAGUAUUUAAUGGAGAAUACAUUCGACUGCGUUAAAAAUUUGGAGGACUUGAACUUGAGACGCAACAAACUGUCAUGGAUAAUAGAGGAUCCGGGCGCAGGACCACCAUUCAAAUCGUUGCGUAAACUUAAAAAAUUGGACCUGUACGGAAACAAUUUAAAGCAAAUCAACAGCAAGUCAUUGAGUGGCCUUUCUAGUUUAGAAUCCCUGAAUCUGGGAGGGAACGCCUUAGCCUCGAUACAAAUGGCUGCCUUCGAUCACCUGACGCACCUUCAAAAGCUGACAUUCAAAUCCCUCAAUUUCAUUUGUGACUGCGAAAUUGUGGGAUUCAAACGUUGGCUUACGAAACACUUGCAAGCAACUGCCCAGCAGACGACAGCGCCGUCUUCGCAAGCGGUUUGUGGCUACCCCGAACACCUGCUUGAUCGAGAAUUAUUGUCGUUGCAGCAGAACGAAUUAAUAUGCGGUGAAACCCCAAAACCAAAAAUAUCCCACGAGCCUUCAAAUCAGUUGGCCGUAAAGGGAGCUAACAUCACAAUGGAAUGUCGGGCUACUUCCCCCAGAGCAGCAUCUUUUUCUGCGACGGAUGAGCUAAAGAUAAAGUGGCGACACGACAACCGCAAUGUAAAGGAAAAAGAUCGUAGUUUGUCGCUCGUCAGCCCGUCUUUGGGAACUGCUUCGUAUGCCACCACAGACACGCAGAUUUACAAUGAUCCAUCUAACAAUCACACCACAAUAAUUGGCUACUUACGUUUGUUCAAUGUCACCUACGAAUUGGCUGGCAAAUAUCAGUGCGUAGUAUCUAAUGCAUUCGGAACAACAUAUUCGCAGAAAUUUAAAAUUUCCAUUGGCAUUCAUCCUUCGUUUCUGCAAAUUCCAUCAAAUCUAACAAUUGAUUCCGGUGACACUGCCAGACUGGUUUGUUCCGCAACAGGCGAUCCUACACCUGUAAUUGCUUUGCAGAAAUUUGGUGCGAGCGAUUUCCCAGCCGCAACCGAACGACGUUUGCAGGUAUUGAGGGAGGAGAAUGCGUUCGUUAUCACAAAUGCAAAGACGACCGAUAGUGGAAUUUACACCUGUACUGCAGAGAGCCCUGCCGGUGAAAUCAAAGUCAAUGCAACGUUGUCUGUUAAUGACAAACCGCAACCCUAUAUUCCCACCAUUACUAAAGAAAUAGCUGUGGGCAAAUCAAGUGUUCUUGAGUGCCUAAGCGAAUUUGCUUUCGAGCUUAAUCAACCGCAUCGUGAAUGGUACAAGGACAAUAAACCCUUUCACAUAACGCCAACUUUUGACUCAGAUCGAUUCUAUUUCACCGCUGAAAAGGAACUGUUGAUUAUAGUUAAUACACAAUCAGCUGACUCUGGACAUUACCGUUGCGAAAUCACUGACAAUUCGAAAACCUACACUAUGCAGAUGGAUCUAAUAGUGGUCAAGGAGUAUUUUAGUCAGCGCAUCAUUAUCAUUGGGGUGGUAUUGGUCACGCUGACUUGUAUAGUGGUGGGAUCACUUGUAGUGUGGAUCAUUCUAUUCUACCAGAAAAGAAAACUGUGCGCGGGCGCUGGACAACGAAAUGGUCCCGGAAGCGGCUCCAGAGUAGCUGCCGCCCAAGACUCUAUUUUAGAUCAAACUCAAAUGACCACACUCAAUCGCACCUACAUACGCUCCAAUCGAGAUCCAUGCCAGCAGAGGCCCAGGAGCUUGGCAGCCUUGGAGUUGAACUCCGGUCGUUAUCAAUGCGAUGACGACAUCAAUCAGUCGAUGGUUGAACAACGAAGCUGUUUAAUUGUCAGCACGACGCCAAAUUACGCCAAUCAACUUCUCAUGCAACGUGGCAUUCGAGAUGGACGCAAUGGUCAAAAGAUUCUCAGAGACGAUGAAGAGGAUCUGACUUUGGAAUACUUAGGCUUAAAUACGUCACAUGAUACAGAUGCGCAACAGGACCAUUUGUCCAGUAAAGAUUCGGGUACCGGUUCGGAUGCAGCCAAUAAACGCAGUUUGGAAGAUUUUUCCGUAACCAUAAUGUCAGCCCACGCGUCGACACCCACAACAAGUGGAUCGGUAUUGAAGUCCAAACCAAAGACAUCCCCAACCAAAACAGCAGCAGAGGACGAAAACGAAAUCUUUAAGGCGGACACAAAUGCGAUUGACCAGCAUGAAGAUGGCGACGACAUAAUUGCUUCGCCAAUGUUGGGUCUUUCAUUGUAUGCCAUAGAAGCUAACAAUACAACGUUUAACAACAAUCGCUCGCCUAGCCACAAUAAGGAGUUCAUUCGAACCCCCAGCAUGCAAUCAAUCAGUGAUAAUAUGAACACAAGCGUUCCCCCGACUGAGAAUUGCCUGGAGCCUCUAACAAGUUCCACCCAGCGCCACACCAACACCCACAUGGUGGAUAUAUGAAUUGAGACAUCCCUCCCCCAAAACAAAAAAAAAAAACUUCUGGAGUGAUUAAAUCCAGGAACCAAAAAGACUGUUCUUUAAAGAUGUAAUUCACGUUUCAACACACCUUAGUUGUAAGAUUACCGACUCCUCGCAGUGUAAAGUAAAGGUAUCACAUUUUCAUCCUUCAAAGAACGAACGGUGCAGCUACUAAACAAUACCAAUACCUAUCCUGCCUGUCUGAUUUCUGCGCAAGUCCCCCAGUCAUCUUUUAUAUAUUUUUGUGAUAUUAUUUUUUUUAAGUCAUUUUGUGCGUGUUUUAUUCAUAUAAUUUGAUUUGGCAAAAAUGUAAAUACCACAACUGGCCGAUCACUGAGCCACCCCCCACCACUUUAUUUGCCACACAAGAUUUACACUUGCCUGGUAUCUGAUAGCCAAGCAAUCAUAGACAAAAUAAUGCAAAUCUUCCGGGUCUACAUAUUAUUCCACAUAGUCAAGCCGAAAAAGUCUGUAUCAUAUACAGAAGAUAUCCAGUACAAACCACUAACGUUAUUAAAAGCCAAGUUCAAAACUCAUCCGUUAUUAGAAUACAUUUAAUUUAGCCUUUGAUGGUUCCAGUGUGUUGCAAAUGGUUUACCCCCCCCCCCCCCCCCCACUCAAGUUAAGCUUUAAUUCCUACCAAACUUAUAAGCCCUUCUUAUGGUUGGGAUUAUGGGCACUUUCUGUCAUGCAAAAACUAAAUGAAAAUGCUUAAAGGGACUGUCUGUCGCCUCAGGCCAUUACGUAGCAACAGCAGGACUGCUAUAGCCACCGCCACAUCUGUCUCGUAUCCGAAAUAUUCCGACAAUACCAACCCUAAGGAGGGUGAUGUAAAUGUCAUAUCCGUUGUUGUUGCUUAAAACAAACGAAAGACCAAUUCGACCGACAAUUAAGCCAAAGAAGUUAAUUAGCGAACGAAACUCUAAUUUAUAGAUUUGUUGUACUGAAGAUUUACGACGCCUGUGCCUACUCCAAAAUGAAUAACCUGCCUGCCUUAAAGUAUACAAUUCUAUAAUGCAAUAUUUGAUAUUGUCUACUGUGGGAAUCCGGACCAGAUCCCUAGAUUCCCAAAUGAAGUGUGAGACUCAAAUUAUAUGUAUAUUCUGAAACUUGCCUUCUAGUGUAAAGACUAGCAGAUAAUUCCCUAUUUAUGAAAAACAAAUGAUAUUAAUAUUAUAAUUACUAUUUAUAUUUGUAUGUAGUACAUUAAAUAAGAAGACAUUCAAAUAUCAACAAUGUCCCAAUCUAGUUGUAGCAACUGUAUCAUUAGGAAAUGUUAAAUAAUAAUAAUAAAAAUAAACAAAAACUUAGCAUUACGACCUCCCUCUAUUUUAUAAUUUGUAACGCAACUUAAUUGACUGUAAACAUGUAUUAAAAAUCAAUUAAACUAUAUUUAUAAAACAAAA